CAACAGCCCCCGCGCGCAGUGCAGGCUGGGGGAACAUGGCCGCUUCCGGUCUCGCAGUCUUCCUGGCGAGGGGUUGACAGCGGCUGCGGCCCUGCGCGCUCCUCCCUCUGCAUCUCGCGCCGGCGGCCGCGGAGGGCGCAGCGGCCUCCUGUUCUCGCGCCAUGGAGAAGAGCUCGAGCUGCGAGAGUCUUGGCGCGCAGCUCCCGGCCGCAAGGCUUCCCAGCGAGGACUCACUGUCCAGUGCUUCCACUUCUCAUUCAGAGAACUCGGUUCAUACCAAAUCAGUUUCUGCUAUAUCAUCAGAUUCUAUUUCAACCUCUGCAGACAACUUCUCUCCUGAUCUGAGGGUCCUGAGGGAGGCAAACAAAUUAGCAGAAAUGGAGGAACCAGCCCUGCUUCCAGGAGAGAACAUCAAAGAUAUGGCCAAAGAUGUGACUUACAUAUGUCCGUUCACUGGUGCUGUACGAGGGACACUGACUGUCACAAAUUACAGAUUAUAUUUCAAGAGCAUGGAACGGGACCCUCCGUUUGUUCUAGAUGCUUCUCUUGGGGUGAUAAGUAGAGUAGAAAAAAUCGGUGGUGCAUCUAGCCGUGGUGAAAAUUCUUAUGGCCUGGAAACGGUGUGCAAGGAUGUCAGGAAUUUACGAUUUGCUCAUAAACCAGAGGGGCGAACAAGAAGAUCAAUAUUUGAGAAUCUAAUGAAAUAUGCAUUUCCUGUGUCUAACGGCUUGCCUCUUUUUGCUUUUGAGUAUAAAGAAGUAUUCCCUGAAAAUGGGUGGAAACUGUAUGACCCCCUUCUAGAGUACAGAAGACAGGGGAUUCCAAAUGAAAGCUGGAGAAUAACAAAGGUCAAUGAACGCUAUGAACUCUGUGACACAUAUCCUGCCCUCUUGGCCGUGCCAGCAAACAUUCCUGAUGAGGAACUCAAGAGAGUGGCAUCCUUCAGGUCCCGGGGCCGGAUCCCAGUUUUAUCAUGGAUUCAUCCUGAAAGUCAGGCCACAGUCACUCGCUGCAGCCAGCCCAUGGUUGGAGUGAGUGGGAAGCGCAGCAAAGAGGACGAGAAGUAUCUUCAGGCCAUCAUGGACUCCAAUGCCCAGUCUCACAAAAUAUUUAUAUUUGAUGCUCGGCCAAGUGUCAAUGCUGUUGCCAAUAAGGCAAAGGGCGGAGGUUAUGAAAGUGAAGACGCUUAUCAAAAUGCAGAACUCGUUUUCCUGGACAUUCAUAAUAUCCAUGUUAUGAGAGAAUCCUUACGGAAGCUUAAGGAGAUUGUGUACCCCAACAUUGAGGAAACUCACUGGUUGUCUAACUUAGAAUCUACACACUGGCUGGAACACAUCAAGCUCAUUCUUGCGGGGGCUCUUCGGAUUGCUGACAAGGUGGAGUCUGGGAAGACGUCUGUGGUGGUGCACUGCAGUGAUGGGUGGGAUCGCACAGCUCAGCUCACGUCCCUGGCCAUGCUCAUGCUGGAUGGAUACUAUCGAACCAUACGAGGAUUUGAAGUCCUUGUGGAGAAAGAGUGGCUAAGCUUUGGACAUCGAUUCCAACUAAGAGUUGGCCAUGGCGAUAAGAACCAUGCUGAUGCAGACAGAUCACCUGUUUUCCUUCAGUUCAUUGACUGUGUCUGGCAGAUGACAAGACAGUUCCCUACCGCAUUUGAAUUCAAUGAGUAUUUUCUCAUUACCAUCCUGGACCACUUGUACAGCUGUCUAUUUGGGACAUUCCUCUGUAACAGUGAACAGCAGAGGGGAAAAGAGAAUCUUCCUAAGAAGACAGUGUCACUGUGGUCCUAUAUAAACAGCCAGCUGGAAGACUUCACUAAUCCUCUUUUUGGGAGCUACUCCAAUCAUGUCCUUUACCCAGUAGCCAGCAUGCGCCACCUAGAGCUCUGGGUGGGCUAUUAUAUAAGGUGGAACCCCCGGAUGAAACCACAGGAACCUAUCCACAGCAGAUACAAAGAACUUCUUGCCAAAAGAGCAGAGCUUCAAAGAAAAGUAGAGGAACUUCAGAGAGAAAUUUCCAACCGCUCAACCUCCUCUUCAGAGAGAGCCAGCUCUCCCGCACAGUGUGUGACUCCUGUCCAAACUGUCGUAUGAAAAAACGAGGCAUCGUUGCCAGGAACUUGACAUUACAGCACCUUAUGCGUAGAAAGCCUUCUGUGUUUUAAACCCAUCUAUGGGAGAAUCCUUCAGAUGCUGUAUUUAUUUCAAAUCUCUCUUAGAUGAGUUUAGAAACAUAGCGGUGCAAGUGACAAUGAAGAUGAUCUCAUUUGUAAUUAAAGAUGACACUAAUCUGAAAUCCCCCAAAGAAUAGUAAAGUACUGCAGUCCUGUGCUCACCCUGGGAGCCAGCUUUUCAUUUAAAGCUGUCUUAAAGGCACUGCUAAGAGCUCUAGGUGGGGAGAAAAGCAAGGCUGCUCUUGCACCUGAGAGCAUACAUACCGAGCCUUGAUCUCAACUGUCCCAUUUUUUGUGGUAUUUAAUAUAGUAAAAAGCAUUGUCUUAAAAUUGCUGCUGACAUUGUAAUCAGCAGUUAGGAAACGAUGCCUUAUAUAUUUGCUUUGGGGGUGAAGGGACAAAGUAGCUGUCAUCCAGGAAUUCAAAAAUAUUCUUUCCCGUCAGCCAAUUUCCAUUUGUAUGUUGAUCACAAAUACCACAGACACUUUAAAACCUUACCAUUACCCCACUUUAAUGCUGAUUGGCAAGCUUUAAAUCUCACAUGAACAUUUUAUCAAAGACCGCUCUGCAUGUGAGUUAGUCUCGGUGCCAGCAGGUAAAGCCUGGCUUCUCUGCUCACCUGAGCUGGGUGCUGGUGUGAGCACUUGACUCCUGGUGUCUGUUUCACUCUGUAUAAGAGCCAUAUGUAAUGUACUGUAACAAACGAGCUUCUUACCACUUGGUCUUUUAAUUAAAUGACUUCAAACUUUA